CUCGUCGCGGUCGGACGAAUGUAGCGAAAUACAAUUACGCGGGAAACCGCGAAGUCUAUUCACAAACAGAGCAUAGAUUAUCUAUACUAUUACGAUACAUUUUUAAAAAUGCGUUCGUUUGUUGUGUUGUGCUUGUGUGCCAGUGGCUGCAUAGUGAUGGGACAGGACAUAGAGGCAAUGAAAAAUAUGCCUAAAUAUGAUUCUAGAUAUGACUAUUUAGACGUAGAUGCAUUAUUUAAUAGUAAAAGACUAGUGAGAAAUUAUGUGGACUGUUUAAUUAAUGGGCUUAGGUGUACGCCUGAAGGGAAAGCUCUGAAGAGACUGCUCCCGGAAGCUCUGAGAACCAAGUGCGUCAGAUGUACGGAGAGGCAGAAGAGAACUGCUGUGAAAAUAAUUAAACGGCUGAAGUACGAAUAUCCUGAUGAAUGGGCGAAGCUGGCGUCACGUUGGGACCCUACCGGGGACUUUACCAGAUACUUCGAAGUAUACUUGUUCAAUGAACAGUUCAACACGAUCGGAGGUAAUGAAAUUCCGAGAACCAACCUCCCGCCUCGGUUGAGUCCGCAACCACCGGUUGCAACUAGUACGGUGACAACACAACCACCGCCUACAGCCAGUUCAGCGACAAUGCCACCAUCACCCAGGCCACUGUUGCUCAACAGGUUUGGUGAUGAAGGGGAGCUGAUGGUUGGCAGUCCAUCUUCAGCCAUGGUGCCGCCAAUCGCGGUGCCCCUGACCUCGCCAACCCCACCUGCUGCAGCACCGCCAAGUCGAGCACCAGUACCGCCAAGACCAACUCCAGUAUCCUGGUCCUACGCGGAAACGGAAAUGACGCGGUUCCCGUCGAGGAUAGACCAGCAGUUCACCACCGCGAUGACGUUCAUCGACCAGAUCGGAAUCAAGAUCAUCAGAACGACUGAGCUCGUCACAGAUAUACUGAAGAAUACUGUCAGAGCUGUUGUUGGAGGUUAAGUCUUACGCGAAAGGCUUAAGACAACAGAUAUAUAUCUAAUAGAUAUCUUAUAGAUAAGAUUUGCCAAUGAGAUAUUAUAAUGUGCUCUUAUAAGAUUAUACACCGCAUUUGCAUACAACAAUACAAAAUUUUUAUUAAUAGGUCAUUAAGUAAUUCUUAGCGUGCCACUGUAGGUUCACCUACAGGGUGUCCCACAGCUAUGCCGCCACAUAUGCAGAGGAGGCACCUUAAAUAUUGUUGAUUUUGUUUUAUGAAAAUAACGGACGAGACGAGCAGGACGUUCAGCUGAUGGUAAUUGAUACGCCAUGCCCAUUAUUACAACGCUCAGUCACCUUGAGACAUAAGAUGUUAAGUCUCAUUUGCCCAGUAAUUUCACUAGCUACCCGUCAGCCCUUCAGACCUCCCAGAAGGAGCCUCCCACUGUUAUUUUUUUUUUAUUUCGUGUGAUGGUAACUUGCGUUCAUUAUUUUUCAUAAAUUUUGAAUAACUAUGGUCCUUUUUCCACAUACCAAAAUGCUCCACAAGUUUACAGAAGCUUUCUCAAGAUGCACUAUUCUUGAAAGAGUUCAUGUCAAGCACACUGUUUUGUCAAAUAUUUAUAAUUAAAAAUUCAUGUGAAAUUUUAGAUAUAGUAAUAUUAUAAGACAUAUUUUGUAAAGAUUACUAUUUUUUAUAAUAUGGCAAUACGAAUUUAAAACAGUUAAUUCUCCCAUCCUGAUACGAAAUACUUUUAAUGUUUUAAUCGCUACGAUAUUAAUUGUAAACAUUAAUUAGGCCAUAUUUAUUUUGGUAGUUCUUACCUUUAUUCGAAUAUUUACUUAAAAAAUUGAAGAAAUUAUUUUGUAUCCAACAUUACGCAUAUGUAAGUAUUAUUUUUAAGUGAUUAUGACAUGAAUUAAUAUACUUCAGCCACGGACGAGAACAAAAAAUAAGGACUCCGUCAUAACAGUGUGGCACCAAAACAAGCCGGUAAACGUGUAAAUACAUAGCCGCACGUAUACACUUACACUAAUACAAGCCGAUCGGCCGCCAUUAUGAGAUUUGCCAUCGUCUGUGACAGAUCAGUUUGCGUCGCAAUAAAAUAUUUUAAAAAUGCCGUCGUGCGUUGUGAAAAAGUGUAAAAACAAUAAUAUAAAAGUAUUUGUGGAUAUAUGAUUAUUUAAGGGUGACAAAAUUAUGUAACUGGUAUACUCGGUAACCGCACACACACUAGCAUAAAGGUGCUUCACUUGCUAAUAUCACGGCGCGGAGUCCUUCUUUUUUUACUAGUCCGUGACUUCAGCAUAUCUAUAGAUAUAAUAUUCUAUAUAAUAAUUAUGUUAAGUAAAGAUAUAGCAAUGUAAAAGUCAGGUAAGUAAAAACCUUCUUAUAAGCAAUAAAUUAUUUAUUAUUUAAGUAAUUAGGUAAGAUUUGAUAUGUGAGAUAAUUAACUUAAAGUACUUAUGUUUAAAAUGCCUUAUCAUUUAUAGCUUUAAAAAUCUAAGGAAAAGACAACUUAAGACUCUUAUAGGUAUAUUUUAUACGUCUCGACAGUCUCCUGCUGUUAGGCAACGCAUGAAAACAGGUUUAUUACUUUAGUGUGCAUGACAAGCUAUGCGUCAGUUACUUUGUUUUUGUGUGCCUGCGUUGCUUAAAAUAGAGGUUAACUGCUUGCCGCUAUUUUUUUUCGAUGUGUCCACUGUCACAGACUAUUUAGACGUAUUAUUAUUUAAGCAAAUAAUGAUAAAAAAAUAAUUGAAGUGACGCCGUCAAACGUUUCUUAAUAGACACAAAGAGGAUGUAAAUACUACGUAAUAUUAAGAGACGGGACUGCCUAAGUAAAAUUUGAAAUUUAGUUUAGUAUGAAACGUGCAGUGAUUUGACAUAAGUUUGAAAUAGUAAUUAUUGCAAUACUAUGGCGACGAAGUAUAAUCCGGCUAAGUUUAGGACGUAGUUGAAUUCGGCUUUCUCCGUUAUUUACAAGAUUAUAGCCGUCAUCUGUCAAUCUACCAAUGACAGCACCUGUCAUACAAUCGAGUGAAUCGCUUUUUCCUUAGAGAGUUUCGCGAGACUGGUUAAACUCUUUUAUUUUAAUUAAGACCUACGACGUCUCGUCUACUAAUACUAUCCCCCUUAUUCAUAAUAGUCUGCUAACUUAAAGCAUUGCUAAUUCUCACUCUGCCUUCUUCUAUUGACCUAAGUCAGAAUGAGAAAAAACACUCCUUAGCGGCUGUUUAAAGUUAGCGGACCAUUAUUAAUAAGGGGGUAUGUCUAAAUGUACUUAAUAAUAUACAGCUUAUUUACUGUCCCGAUCUUUUGUCAUGUAAAAUUAGAAUCAAAUCUAUUCAAUCAUUAUUCUUGCGUUGCCCGUAGGUACAUGUACGAGUAACAUUUAGAGAAACUGACAAAAAUUAUGUAAAGCACAUUUUUCGAUUUGAUAUAAUUUAUAAAGAACAGCAUAUAUGCUUAGUUAAAAUGUUCAAUGAACAGUUUUUACUUUGUAACAAUUCUGUUUUAUGAGAAAAUAUGUUUAAAAAUAUAUCUACAAUUCGACAGAAUUCUGUCGUGUUUUAGAAUAACUUAAAGACUAGUUUAUAAAAUAAAACAACUCAAAAAUUA